AUGGAAGCUUCCAUUGAUGAACUUAAGGGCAUGGUCGCUAUGGGCUCCGGUUCAAGUGUGACGAGUGACAUUCAGGCAGAUACAACGUCUUCCUGUCCGACAAUUACCCGGGUUUCUCAGGAUGCACGCCAUCAUCCAGGGGGCCGCACAACUAUGGACCCCACUGAAAGCGCGGUGCUUUCAUCAGGACAUCUCUCCUCAGCAGAGUCUCUUUUGAAGUGGAACAUGUUUAGUGAUCACCCUUCAAUAUUGGAGGAGGCACAGUCCUCAUUUUUGUCGCUCGAGUACGGACGACCGUCAUUUCCAAGCAAACUCUAUGGCAUAGUCCCCAGCGCGGGCUUGUCAGAUGUCAAAAAUAUGGUAGGUGUAUUCCAACGGACGUAUAACUUUUGGUUCCCUACCAUCAGCUUGGACGAGCUGGAAUCCCUGCAAUUGAGGAUAUGGCAAGAGAAUUUGGAGCCUAGCUGCCAAUCGUGUCUCGCAUUGUUGGUCAUGGCUUUGGGCUGCGUCGGCGCGUCCGUGAUAGACGAAGAGGACAGUUCUGAAAGCAAGUCUCAACAGCUGAAGCUCCAAGGAGAAUCAUGGUUCACUGCUGCAAUGAAGAUGCUCCACUUAGCCCAAAUUGAAAUGAAUAUGGAAGCGUGCCAAUGCCUCUUGCUGACUGGUCUCUACUUCUCCUUCUUGCAAAGGCCACUGCAAACGUGGUCUUAUGUGAACAGCGCGGCCACCCGUUCUCGUUUCCUGCUCUCUUGCCCUCUUGACAACCCCGAGCGUGAUGACCGAGAACAUAUCACUAGAAUAUUCUGGUCGUGCUUUGUAUUAGAAAGCAACUAUAUCUCUGAAUUGCCCUCCCUUCCGCAAAACAGCAAUACUGAAAUCGAAUCAGUAUUUGCUCUUCCGGGAAAAUUCCACUCACAUGAAGCUAUUGAAGAGGAAGAAAAGUCCAACUUCUACUUUCUAGCAUCCAUUGCACUCCGUCGCCUCCUCAACCGCGCCCACUACAUGCUCUAUGACCGCGACAGGGGCCUUCAAAUUGAUUCCAAUAAUUUCUAUUCCGUGAACCAAGAACUGGCACGCCAACUACACGACUGGUAUCAAACCCUACCUCCAAGUCUGCGAUUCCCCGAAGACGACAAGCCUGCAGACGACCCGCACAGCGAGUAUUUGAGACAGUGGUACCUCAGCUGUCGAAGUGUCAUCUAUCGACCAUAUCUGGAGUGGGCCCUCGCUAAUCCAUUGUGGGAUCUUAACAACAAUCUGCGUGUGCUCGAUGGCUGUCGGGUUGCCCUCGACACUUGCCUAUUCAAAUUGAGGCACCUGAAGCAGGUGCCAUAUACUGUCAUGGUAGACGCAUGGCCAUGUUCGCUCUCACUCGAGACAGCGAUCUUGACUCUCAUGGGUGGCUUCUGUCAUCCACAGCUGACAAUGCAGCUUCGCCAUAUUCCGUUGCUAGAUCUAGGGCCCCGCCUGGAGCAGCAUUUGCAACGAUGGAUGACUAUCCAUGGAUCCUCCGUUUCUCCCAGUAUGGAGAAGGCAUUGAGACUCAUCAUGAAAGCCCACGCGUUCUUCGAAAGCAAAAGUGCAGACUUUGCUCCUUGCGGGGAGGAGGAACAACAUCUCUCUCCUGUGUCCCUUCGAAUGCCUCUCAGAUAG